GCUCUAAUUGUUUGAUAGUGUGCACUGGAGAAAGCAGGCCCAGAAAAUGGAGAUAUAGAUGGAUGGGGAUUAAAGAUAGGCCAUUCUUAGAGUGACACUUUUGUAAAGCCCACUCUCCCAAGAGUCCUUUACAUCAGAUGCUGGAGGUGGUGUGAAGGAAGACUACAUUUGUUUAUCCCUGCACCUUCGCUGGCAAGUUAAGCCCUUUAUGAUAAUUUUUCUGCCAAAAUAGCAAAAAGUAAGAGGCUGACUUUCACAUUACAUUGAACUGAGUAUCACUGUGGCUCUCAAAGCAAGUAGUUGGACGGUAUUCAAGUUUGUUCUGUUCAGAGGUCAUUUCUAAAAACUAUUACAUCACCUAAUUUGAAAUGGCAUGCAUACAGAUUUUAGAAUACAGUAUAACUCUAUCCAGACUAUGGCUUGCAGUGUAAGAUACUUCAACCUACAAAAUGCCAUACUGUAAUGUGAAGUGCUGAGCUCAGAAUUGUGGAGAACCCCAUUUACAGCAUAGCAUCCUGCCAGCAGUUAUCUAAAGCACAUCACUGUCAAGUCUGUAGCUUGUGAGAUAUUCUUGUUACUAGUAUAGAAUAUUAUUGCGUGCAUUACCUUCCUGUUCACUCUGUUGUACAGUAUUAACAAGCUAUCCCCUAUAAUAAGUGGUGCACACCCUUUCAAGCUAACAGUUUUCAGACAUUAAUGUACAGCACUACCUGGCUUGUAUUGUACAUAGUAAUAGUAUGAGUGUAGCAUUUAAAUUACACCUCAGACUUGAAAAGUUAAAGUUUCACCAAAAAUAAUGUCCAGUGAACGGGGAUCUUUUUAAAAUCUGCAUCUGUCAGGUUACAAUUUUAACCACCAACAAUAAGCAUCACUAUAGUCAUUUUGUAAAACAGCGGAGCAGAUGCAACUUCAGAAGCUUUGCCACUGAAUUUUUUUUACAGUCCUUACAAUUGUUUAUUUUAGCAUUCAUCAUGAUCUCAUCCCUGGCCAACCUUUUUUCUUCUACAAAUUUAACUAAGUCUCAAAUACUGGACAAUCAUAAAUGGGGAGAGAUGGAAAUGAGAAAGACUGCUGCAACUGGCAUCCAGGGGGCUUCAGAAACAAACAAAUCUGACAGCAGUGCUGCUCCGGUUCUAUGGCAAACACUAAACCCAGGUGCGUGCCAGGAAGACAAGAGUGAUAUGAUGAAUGAGGGGGCCCAGAAAUGUGUGCAACUGCUUGUAGGUGAAAAUGCCAAGAACCCCAUCACACUAAGACAGAGUUGCUCCCACUGCCUGAUUGAUACAGGAUGCGUGGAGCGAGGUCAGUGCUUUCAGGACAGUAGGAAUGGUAAUCAGUUAGCUGACAUAGAAGGACAGGUAGCCGAAGAACUCGAUGCAAAUUGUAAUGAACCGUCCAAGGUAUGCUUAUGUUGCCAAAAACAUGACGUUGCAGACAACGGUAAUUUUCACCUUAGCAAAGAGAUAAAGGAAGAUACCGAAUUAGCAGAAGAGCAUAGUCUAUCAAGGAAAAAAGGGCAUCGAGGGUUGGCACCCCCCUCAAGCACAGACAGACUGUUAUCACCAAUGGAAUUCAGGCUUUCGGCAUCCAGUUGUUCUUCUAUUAGUAGUUGCUCCGACUUUGAGACAGAUGUCAGUCCUGAAUUACAUCUGCAUUGUUCCCAAGAUAACGUCGGAAUGAUUAACAACCUUUCACCUGAUGUACAGCAGCAGCCACACAUUGUUCCACUAGAUGAUGAGAUGAAUACUGAGUUUUUGGGAAGUCAAGUCAAGCAGAUGAUAGAUACCAUGAUGCCAUGUUCCCCUGAUGAAGGUUAUCCAUCUGGGCACUGCUCCCAGUCCUCUUCAUUUCCAGAGCUGGCAGAAGAUGAGGCAAUUGAGAAUGGGGAGUUAUUGGAUUCUUUGGCUGGCAGCCCUGAAGAAGUAAAUGAGGUGAAUAUUCAUUCAUCCUCCGGAAUGUCUUCAAGCGGAGCUUCACCCUGCUCAGACCAAGAGUGUUCUCCCAGGACCAGCAACAGCAAAAUUCAGGUUCAAUGUCCAGAUUCCUCCAAAUGUUUCUUUGAUUACCAGACUCAAGUGCAACCACUUUCUGGCUUUCUGGACACUUCCAAGAACACUCCAAAAAAUGUUGCUGUAAAAAAUUCAAGUUGUGAAUUGCUGCAGUGGAACGAUAUUAGGUCAAAAAUGGACAGGCUGGUUAGUGAGGACAAAUCUGGGAACACGAGUCAGUCUGGAAGGACAUCUUUCUUGGAUUUUUCCUCCUCUUCAUGUACAGAAACAACAUCUAAGACUAACAAUAGUACAGAUCCUGCCACUGUCCAAAGCAAACGUUCUCACAAUUGGGAAAAAGAAUUGGACCCAAAUUCCAAUAUGGUUUCAAAAAAUCACUCUUUAAGGAAUGUGGACAGAUCGGCACUGACCUUAAAUUUUAAUCCACAGCAACCUCAAGGUAUAGCAACAGAUGCGGAUUGUGAAAGGAAAUUAGCUGUAACUGAUCCAUGGGCCUGCUGGGCAGAUGUCUUGGGUGGUAAAGAAGAUGAUAAGGAUGAAGAGAAAUCCAGUGUUCUGAAGCCCAUCGGAGGUUAUGUGGAUCGUCUCUUAGGCCAACGACCGCCAUUGCUAGACUGCUGCACAGGCAGUUGUGAAAUACGCAAGAAUGUGACCUCGUUCCAUGAAAUGGCUAGACGAAGGAAACGUGCUGCAAAUCAGAACUCUUUGAAUAAUGAAAGAGCAGAUUGGCUCAUUAUCUUUUCACCGGACACUGAAUUUCCUCCAAAGUCAUUUAGCACUGGCUUGGGGGGGUCUGACCAAGCAACAGUAGAAGAAAGUCCACAAAAAUGCUCUGACCAAGGAGGUUCUAAGGUCACCACAUUUAAAGAGCUACGAUAUAAAAGUAAGCAGCCCCAUAGUUCGGCAAACACUUCUGGAUUGACCUUUUGUGACAAAAAUGAGAGGGAGAGCCUUGCACAUCUGAAUGCGUCAAAUCAAGGGUUAAACAACCUACCCCCCAAUAACUGGAUGUCCAGUCAGUCCAAAACAGAAAAUGAUAGUAUUCCACUCUGCUUUGAACCAAAAACAUGCACUAACGUCCAGAAGCCCCCUGCAGGAUUGUAUCUCCAAAGUCAGUCACAGUCGCCACUAGUUCGGAAGUCAUCCCGGUCAACACUGCAGCCAAUUGCUGAAGGGGUCGGAGAAGGAGAUGUUAACCCAGUGAAGAUGGGAACAUCCACCAGCGAAAACAGUUUUCUGGCAUCAGGAUGUGACCCACUGGUGGACCGCGGGACUGCUGAUGGCGCAAGGAGUAAGGACCAUUCAGCUACAGGCACUGCUCCUAUUCUGCCUCAGCAGCUUUCCCCUUACUUUCUGCACCAGUACCAGGGCAAUGUCAGCCUGUCCUCUCUGCCAUGUCGUCACCAGCGCCUGUUGUUUCACCACCACUUGGCCUCCACAGGAAGUCAGCUAUUGUUUGGCACUGACUCUAAUCCAGAACUCCCAGUUCUGGGGCCCAGGCCUUUUCUUUACUAUGGACAGCUUGGGGAAGCCCUUUUUGGGGCUACUACACCUCCCUUUGACCUGUUCUCUCCUGAUGAUCCUCUGUUCCUUCCCCCAACUCCCCCCCGACUCUCUCCUGUAGGUGCCUAUUCCCCUCCUCUAAGGUCAUCCUUGCCCAUUCUAGGUUCUGACCUAGCUAGUCUCUGCCAACCAAUGUUCCCUCGCAGUUGCACCCUUCCCAGCCUAAAAACUGUCCACCUUUCUUCCCCGGACCCCUCAUCAGCUCAGGACAGGACUGUCUGUAGAGAUGCCACAGAAGGUAGCCACCCAGAAAUGAGCGGAGAAGGCCAAGGGGACUGGGCAUCAGUGUCUCCUUCUUCUACUAGAUCAUGUAAACAGCCAGCAGUGCGCAGCCUUUCUUUCGCCGGCUCGCUACACGCUGGAGAUGCUUGGAUGGCCCAGUACGCCAGGACCUCUCUGUUGGAGCAGGAGGUGUGCCUUCAGCAAAAGAGAGCUCUGGUUGGUGCAGUCAGUGCAGCGGUGGAGGAGAUAGUGUCUCAUUUCAGCUCUUCUCGGACACUCGUACAGAAGGCUCAGUCUGGAGACAGCAGAUUGAACCCGUCUCUGGCUCGCGUGGUCCUCCAGUCCUUAUGUCCUGCUCUAUGCUGCUUGUUGUCAGAUGGCUUGAGGCCGUACCUGAGUGACAUCAUUGUGGGACGUAGAAAAAAUUCACCAUGGGGAUUGGUUGAAGCUUCCACUCAGCCAGGUCCUUGUACACAAGCACUGUAUUCUCUGUAUUGUCGGCUUGGGCAGCUGCCUCAGCUUUGCAACUCUACAAAGAAGUUCAACGCUUUCAUCUUUGGCCUACUCAAUCUAAAGCUCCUGGAUUUCUGGAUUUCACACCUCCGGGGAUGUGAAGAUGUGCUGUCCAUACACUACAACACCAGCUCUUUCCUGCGACUGUCAUAUUCGUCCUGUGAAUACCUCUUUGAGGAGCUGCUUCUUCUACUGCAACCACUUUCUGUUCUGACCUUUCACCUUGACUUGCUCUUUGAACAUCAUCAUCUAGAGACUGCAGCUUUGCCACCAGCCAAUCAGAGUGUACAGAGAGCCAUCUCUUCCAGUUGUUUUCCUAGCUCAGCAAAUUCAGUCAAACAAGUUCCAAAUGGAAAGACUGUCACCAAGCAGGAGUGUCACAAUCUCAACGUAACAAAUUUAGUGCCCUGCAGAGAACGAUCAUUAAAUAAAUCGCUCUUGCCUAAUGUUGAGCACAAGAGAAACUGCAUAGCCUUUGGUAAUUCUGCUGAUGUGGUGGAUUAUACUUCCAGUGGUGUUGGGAUUGCAAAGCACCAGGAAAAAAAAGAGCACCCUGCCAAUCAGUGCAGUUCCACUGGAGAAGUAAACCAAAUGCCAAACAACAAGUCUGUCUUAACUAAUCAGGAAAUUACUGAAAAGGAGAAAGUAAGUCAGAUGCCUGCAAACAUGGUAGAAAAAAGAGACUGGCAGCGUGCCUCUUUCCAUACUGAGAAGCCGGUGUCAAAACAAGCUGGCCAGGCCAUACAGCAUAGUUGGAAUCAGUUAAUGCAGUUGGGUGGUAAACUUGGCCAGAACUGGUCUGGAAAAAACGGUGAUGAAAAAGCCACAAGAGAGAAGGAUGCAACAGAAAGAGAAGAUAGCUGGUGGGGUCAGCUGAGCCAGAGUUCAAAAGUCUACUUGUCACCUGCACAAAAUAAUUCAUUUUUAGCCAAAUGGUCACGAGGGAAAUGUAGCAGUAAGGUGUCUCAAACCAUCUCAGUGGGUAAUUCUUUAAACACCCAUCCAAAACAUAAUGAUAUUUCUGUUACCCAGUUGUAUAAUAAUACAGUGCCAGUGUCUGUGACUGACCAGAGUGGCUUUGGGCAUAGUCAACCAACAGAAGUACCAGCUACAAAUCUGACUGAUUCUAAUAAGUGCAUCAGUGGUGAGAGUCCAGUUUGGAGGUUGGGGAGGUUGUUUGGUGCAUCAGUGAGCUCCAAGGUGUUAAACCAGGUUGAUCUUAAAGGUGCCCAGCAGAAAAUCAGACGUCCGUCUAGUUGGCUGGCACCUAACCUGUCUGUCUUUAACCGCUUCCUUGGAGGUGCAUCCCUAGAGCAAACUGAGUGGUUAAACUCUGCCCAGGCUAAGACGCAAUCAUCCAAAACUGCUGAAGAAGAGGCCAAACCCAGCAGGGCAGUUCGUGCAAUUUGUGACCAUGAGGGCUCCGGGGAGGAACUUAGCAUUACCAAGGGAGAGGUACUGAUUGUGGUUGAGGGUGUAGAUGAGGAGUGGAUUCGUUGCCAGCAAGGAGAUCAGAUGGGACUGGUUCAGAUUGGCUACACUUCACUCAUCAUGUAAAAGCCAGCUUGCAGAGUUAAAAAUGUUACAAUUAUAUACAGUAAACAGGAGGUGAGGACCUAUUGCGUCUUAAAGAUUUUGGCUGAAUAUAUACUAAUGCUGCUUGGCAAAUGAUCUGCUCAACAUGACACCCCUUUGCCUUGAUGCACACAUCUGCUAAGCAAAGCUUUCUUUUGCACCUAAUAUGCAAGUGAUAAAGACUGCUGGGAGAAGACACACUGGAGCUGAGGCUGAUGUGGCACACCGUCUUAUUUUGUGUUUUCUGUUUUUUGACCGAGACUGAAUUAAGUAGAUGUCCAUCUUUGUUUUGAUGGCCAGCGUAUGUCCUGCUGUUUGUAUGUGUAACACCAUUAUGAGCAUAAAAACAAAAUAUUCAUUAGCCAAAGAACAAAAAUAAUGACAUAAGCAUGGUGUAAACAAUCGUUUGGUCAACUGAACAGGUUUGGUGAAUGUCCAGAAUCUGUUAUGAAAUGUUUUCUUUUCAAGAAGAUUCUGUCUGUCCAAAAAGAACAGCGUUUCAAUAUGUAAAUGUGUCACAAAAAAAAAUAUCCUUCAUUGACACUUUAAGCCAGAGUAGUGCUGGACAAUGUGGUGGGCACAGAAAGGCCUUUCUGAGAGGCUUAUAGAAAGUGAAGAAUGACUCCUACUUUCAGAUAUUAAAUAUAAAUGCAUUUUGUUCAAUUUACUAUAGUAAGAUAAUCUUUGAACUUAACAACAAUGGCAGUGUGAACUAGAAAAUGUGAGGAAUAGCUAAACAUGGAGAAAGGUAUGGUGUAGUAUUUGUUAAAAGUUGUUUCAGAGUAUAUUCAAGCUAAUCAAGGAAGCUACAGAAUCAUCUGCUUUCCUGUCCCUUUACAAUGGGUAAUGAGUAUAAAUGGCACAACCUCAGUUAGAUAAGGCAGUCAGAACAUGCCUGCUUGCAUAUACAUAUGACAACUUGGCAGACAUCAACACCAGGGUGCUGCUGACUUGUUUUAUUUCAGUUUUGCAGACACAGAUAAGCAAUCCAAAAACAGGCAGGUAUUACUAAUAGGUAAAGGGGUUAUCUCAUAAUGCAUUGUUGCAGCUAGCUCACUGUUAUUCCACUUUUAGCUACCUCCAAAAGGUGCUGCUUACCUCCACAUAUUAUCUGCUGGUUUAUGCUACCUCUAUGCCUACUAAUACCCUGGUCCACACUCCUCCCAUGCAGUUAUAUAUGUCACGUGUACAAUGAAAUUGUUUGUAUAUGAUUGGCCAAUAUAUGCCAUACUAGAAAUCCCUGGCACUGUGAUCAUUGAGUGUUGUUAGUCAGACUUGCACUGAAUCCUUGAUAUCUCUGCAAUGUUCUUUUUUCAGAAGUUGUAUGUUAAAAAAAAGAACCUCAAAAUGCCCAAAUAUUCAUCUUACCAAACUGAAACAUGCACUAAUUCUAAUUAAUGCAGAGAUUACAAAUGUACAAUCUGAAAAAAUAAUGAAAAAACAUUUCAAAGUGUUAAAAAGAAUUGAUAGAUAGAUACUUUAUUAAUCCCUAAGGGGAAAUUCACAUACUCCAGCAGCAGCAUACUGAUAAAAAACAAUAUUAAUUAAAGAGCAAUAAAAACGCAGUGCAAGUUUAAGAAAAAAAAAGCAAGGUGUAGAGUGCAAGGCAGGUAUAAUAGAAAAUAAUCUUGUACAGUAUAGUGUUAACGUUUACCCCCCGGGUGGAAUUGAAGAGUCGCAUAGUGUGGGGGAGGAACGAUCUCCUCAGUCUGUCAGUGGAGUAGCUCCUCUGUCUGGAGAAGAUACUAUUCAGUAUCAUUUACUGUACAUGUUUUACAUGUAAAGUUUACAUGUCAACAUGUAAAGCAUGAGUCCCUUGGCAUUAAGAGGCUCACACUGCCUUCCACCUCUCCUGGCCUAAUAAGAAUGGUGGUGUGUUCUAUACAGGCUUGGAAUUGGAUGAGUUCUUUCAGUGUUUUACUCAAGUUCCCAUGAAUAAAUAGCUGUUCUACUGAUCCUAAAGAGAGCAGAUCCCCCUGUAAUAAAAUGGAGUUUAACUCAACCAAGUGGGAGAAUCUGAAUGUGCAUUUACAUUGAUGUGCCCAUAUUGACUUCACCAUAGGUGGAGUUCACCAUGUGACAUAGUGUGGCUUUCAUAUUUCGGAAAAACAUUUCUUACAGGUAGUCUUUGUAGAUUUAAUGUCUAGACCUUACUGAAUAUUAGUGAGAAACAAAAAAUGAGAAAAUGUGAAUUAUGUUUAUAUAAACUUUAAUAAUGAGCAGUAGUACCACAAAACUCUUUACAGAUCAGGUAAGAAUGUGGAAGAACAGUAGGGAUCAAUAAUAAAUAGAAGACAUUGAGUGUGAACAGGAUGGAUAGAAGAAACUUUUAACUGUUCUUUUAUAAGGAUAUUGGAUCAGGCUAGUGUAGCAAUAAGGGUGUGUCAUCUAGCGAGAAAUUACUCACAAACCUGGCCCUGUCCAUUUCAAGUUCUAACAAGGAGAGGCUAGCUACAAACCUGGAUGCCCCCAGUCAGUAAACUACAAUUUCUCCAUAUAACAUUCUUGGCGCAAUGGCCCACUAUAAACUUCAUUCUGCAAGGGAACUUGUUAUACAGCAGUAGUCUCUCCCUCUCUCCUAUCCAACAUCUUUCCCAAGAGAAUCCUGGUAACAGCAUCAUUUGUGUCUCCUGAGGAAGUUGCCCAGGACAGCCCCUCCUUCUCGGCUGUCCAACAUCUCCUGAGACAGCAGCAACAGGACUCAGCUUGGGCCCUUUGGAUUGCAGAACAAAUCUUUUGAAGUAACGGCAGAGAGGAGUGCUUUGAAAUAGGAAGGUUGUGGGUUUGGGUCCUGCUGCUGCAGUGUCAAUGGAGUGUGCUGCCCUGGCCAAAUUUCUGUGAAGACAGAAUUUAAACCUUUAAAAAUAGUAUGGCUCCAACCAAGGACUAAGGGGAAAGUGAACCUAUGCCAAUUCUCCUGGAGUAAUAGAGGCUGUGACAAAACAUCCUCAAGGGUAGGCAAGGUCAACUUCAUGUUUGUUAAUAAAUGCAUUAGGGGAAAAAAUGGGCAGGUGGAGUUUCCCCAAUUGCCCUACACAAUUAGGGCACUCUGUCUAAAAUGCAUUGAUUGCAUCAGACAAAGCCAGACCACUGGCCUUCUUAUAAGAGCAGGUUUGGUUGUCCUCUUGCUCUUGUCAUUUGUAGUUUUUGUUAAAAGCCCUGGGCAAUCUUUUCUGAGAUGUACCUAGGAUGUGGUUAGUCUCAUGAGGCAAUAGUGUUUUCUGGGAAAAUAAUAUAAACAGCAGUGAGACCUUCACUUGGUGGCUUUUUCCAUGUCUCAAAUGUUUCUCCAUAACAGAGUCAUUGUAGUCAUUCUCGUAAUCAUUUAUAUUUUUAUCCUUUAGAUCCAAAUACAUGUGGCACGCAGGCCAAAUGGAUGCAUUUGGCCACUUAGUGACAGUCCAUGUUGAACCUUAUUGAUCUCAUGAUGCAUGAUCUUGAAUAUCCCUCUAAUCCUGUGCCACAUGCAUACUUGGUGACAGCAGCUAAGAUCCAAAUAUGUGGUUAAACUGUGAAGAUCAUUUGCUUAAAGUAAAGGAUCAGACAAACUAUAAUGCAGAUUGUUGUUCAACAUGUCUUAAAGUCUUAAAAUCUCAUAGGAAUUUAAAAAAAAAAUACUGAAUGGAAGUGGAGAGGCUUCCACAAUGUAGUAUUUGAGCCUCCUGAAGAAAGCAAGGAUCAUUAAAGAGGCUCUGAAUUCAUAGUCAUAUAGCCAAAACCUUGGAGACCUCAUUUUGCUGGUUUGACACUCUGCCAUUAAAUAUUUUUGUUGUCUUGUAGGUCUCAGUCACAAACGACAAAGUUACCGGAACUGGGUGUAAAGAUUUGUGUGGCUGUGCAGCACUCACAGUGAGGGUCCUCCAUAUUUGUACAGUCUACCCUUGGAACGCAUUAUAGCAGUGCAGGACCCUCCUUCAUUACCUAAUUUGCUACAAUUCUUGCAUGGACAUGUGAUAAGAAACUGGAAUUUUCCAUUUUCUAGUGGGCAACGUGAAGUGUGCUGUCAAGCCUUUUUGAUCUUUUGGUCCCUGAUACUAAGGUGCUAAACCACUUGUCUAAGUAUUUAUGGUUGUGGAUACCAGCCCUCAUUUGAAAAAAGGUCAUUGCAGAUCCCAGCAUAUGACAGCUACUUUUGCCAUGCCUUUAUUAUUUACUCAAGUUGAACAAAACUGUCAGUGCACUAGAGGCAGUGUGGAAAGUGUGAAAUCCACCCAGGUAGUAAUCAUGCAUGAUGGGGAAGUCAGCCUUAUUACCUGGGGUUUCAUUACUAAAACUGGAAGACACCACCUUAGGGAUGUUGAGACCCCUGACUUGUGCUGCAGGGGGAGGAGGCUUAUCAUUCUGCCCUAAAAUUCCAAGACAUGGGUUACACCAGUCAGGUAAAUUAGCAUGUGGGGGACAGAAGUACAACAACUUAAAGAUAUGGGCACCUUUGGUGGCACAUAGACACACUUUAAAGACAACACUUAUUUAAGUAAUGUAACGCGUCAGUGAGCUUUUCUUGUGGAUUGGUGUCAAUGCUGGAUAAGAACCAGAAAAAGCCCUGGAUCUGCUCUAGCGACCAUCAGCACCUAGUACUGUACUGUAUGUACAAUUGAAGUCUCUGCUUGCUGACAAGUUGUGUUCCAUGCAGUGGUUACUUCCUUAUUGUGCAUCCAAUAUACAUGCUUCCAAGAGAUGGCCUCUGGUGUUUUUUGUUUUGUUUUUUUCCUGUAAAUAAAUAUUUAUUUAAUCUCAA